AUGGAGAAUCCCGGCGUGGGCGAGCGCAUCGAACGGUCGUGUAUAAAACCUGCCCUGACAGCACAUAUCUUUACCUCACACCUCAGCAGCAGAGCAUCAGAAAGCCUCAGUGUUCAGGUGAUCACCAUGAGCCCUCUUCUCUUCCCUCUACUUGUUGCCUUGGCUUUCGGUCAGGCCAGCAGUCAGCUGCAGUGUAAAGAAGGCUAUGUUCAGUUCCAGGAUUCCUGCUACUCACUAACUGGUGCAAGUGACGAUACAUGGGCUAAUGCAGAGCAACAAUGCAAAUUCUCUGGUGGCCAUCUAGUCUCUAUUAGUAACAAGGAGGAAAACGAGUUUGUGAAGUCUCUUUUUGAAAAAACCGACAACAAGGUUGUAUGGAUUGGAGGACACAGAGUCGAACCGCAAAAACACCAAUCAUGGAGAUGGGUUGAUGGAGCCAACAUGGAAUAUGAGAACUGGGGUGCAGGCCAACCGCGUAAUUUCAGAGAAAAAAACAGCAUGAUGAUGUUCAAAGAUGGGACAUGGGGAAAUGAGGAUGGUACUCUAAGAUAUGCAUUCAUAUGCAAAGAGAGUCAAAGGCCCACUUGUGACGAUGACUACUACUUGUAUGGGUCUCAGUGCUACGCCUUCAAAGAAGCAAAGCUGGGAUUUGGAGCAGCGCAGAAAAACUGCUCUGCAGACGGUGGCAACCUGGCCUCGGUACACAGCGAGGAGCUGAAUGUGUUUCUGCAGAAACUUACAGAAAACAUUAUGGCCUGGAUCGGAGGACGAAAAGAUGAUGAGGCCGCGCUAACUUGGCAGUGGAAUGACCAGACACCAUUUGACUACCAAGACUGGGCAAGAAAGCAACCGGCAGCAAGCCCUCAAAACUUGUGCAUUCUCAUGAAUUAUCAUCCUUAUGGCCAAGAUAGCUGGGGCUGGGCCAAUGAGCUGUGUGACAUUGCAUAUGGAUACGUCUGUCAGAAACCACGUAUUGUGGCUGCACUUGCCUGAUGGUUCAGAAAUGGUUUCAUUUAGUAAAUAAAAUGUGCCAAAAUGA